AUGCCUAGGGUUGAAAGCUUGCUACUCCUUUUCAUGUUGUCCAUUCCUUUCUCCCAAGCUUGGUCCAUUGAUUACCCUAGCCCCAUCGCCAACCUUCCUGCUAUAUGGACCAACAAUGAAGCUACUAUCCCUUACAAUACAACCUAUGCUGACGGUUCCAUGAUCAGAGUCAUUCUUGUCAGGCAGAAGCCUGCUGGGUUUGGUCCAUCCUUCGGCUGUGGCUUCAUCUGCACUGCGCCCUGCAAGGUCUUCCUCUUUGCAGUCUUCUUUAUGUCCAUCGGAGAUCCAAACGACCCUGCCUUCAAUGCCUCGGCAACGCCAAGGAUCGUCUGGACAGCCAACAGGUACCGCCCAGUGAAGGAGAAUGCAUCAGUGCAGUUUAACAAGGAUGGAAAUCUCGUUCUGAGAGACUUCGAUGGUUCACUGGUCUGGUCCACGACUACAUCAGGCAGCUCGGUUGUUGGCAUGAACCUUGCUGAGACUGGGAAUCUGAUACUCUUCAACGUGAUGGGGAAGACGGUGUGGGAAUCGUUUGCACACCCAACUAACACUCUCCUCAUUGGGCAGUCACUGUGGCAAGGGAAGAGGCUUAGUUCCUCUUUUUCGGAGACAAAUAGUACUCAAGAAGGUCAGUUCUACCUCACUCUGCUCGACAAUGGCCUCUAUGCUUUCAUUGAUGCAGACCCUCCACAGUUUUAUUAUCAGAAAAGCUUUAAUAUAGCUGAUGCAAUAGUUCAAUCAAAGAGAAACAUAUCCUCUGAUCAAGUGAAGAAUAGCACGGCUUACAUUUCCUUCUUACAAGGGAGCUUCUCAGCAUUUCUUAGCUUCAACAGCACAGACAUCAAGUUAUUCGACAUCUCUCUGCCUUUGCCAUCUUCAGCACAAUUCAUGAGUCUUGAGGAUGAUGGGCACCUGAGAGUUUAUGCAUGGGACAGUGUUUCAUGGAAAGCUCUUGCUGAUGUUUUGCAUGUGUAUCCUAAUGAAUGUGCAUACCCUACAGUAUGUGGAGCAUAUGGAAUCUGUUCACAAGGGCAAUGCAGUUGCCCACGUAGAAGUAAUGAUGAUGACCUUUUCCAUCAGUUGGAUGACCGGCAACCUAACCUGGGCUGCUCAUUAGAAACUCCUCUGUCCUGUGACCUGAUCCAAUAUCAUAAGCUUAUGGCACUCCCAAAUGUCACGUACUUCAAUUUUGCAAACAAUUGGAUUACCGAUGAAGAAAGCUGCAAGGAGGCAUGCUUGAAGACCUGUUCAUGCAAGGCAGCAUUUUUCCAGCAUCAAAAUGUUUCCAAGGGCUCCUGCUAUCUGGUGCCAAAGAUCUUUUCACUCAUGAAUUAUCAGCCAGAAGUGGCUGGUUACAAUUUAUCUGCAUAUGUCAAGGUGCAGAUGUUACCACCACCAUCAAGUAAGAGAAUAAAUGCAACUGCUUACCAUGUCGGUGUUCCUGUUCUGGUUGUAGUCAUCUGCCUACUCAUUCUCAUGAUCAGAAGAACAAUAGUGAAGAGGAUGGAAGAGGACGAUCCAUUUAAAGGAGUGGCUGGAAUGCCUACACGGUUUUCAUACAAACAGCUGAGAGAAGCAACCAAUAACUUCAGCAAAAAGCUGGGGCAGGGAGGAUUCGGGCCAGUGUAUGAGGGAAAACUUGGAAAUGUCAAGAUUGCUGUCAAAUGCUUGCGUGACAUUGGACACGGGAAGGAAGAAUUCAUGGCCGAAGUCACUACCAUUGGUAGCAUCCAUCAUAUUAAUCUUGUUAGAUUGAUAGGAUACUGCUCAGACAAAUUCCACAGGCUCCUUGUCUAUGAGCAUAUGAGCAAUGGGUCUCUGGAUAAAUGGAUCUUCAGAAAGAACAAAAGUGGUUCACUCAGUUGGGCAACUCGAUACAAGAUUAUCCUAGGCAUUGCAAAGGCUUUGGCCUACCUUCAUGAGGAAUGCCGCCAGAAGAUUGCUCAUCUUGAUAUUAAGCCAGGAAAUAUCCUCCUUGAUGACAAGUUCAACGCAAAGAUCUCUGACUUUGGUUUAGCAAAGCUUAUCGAUAGGGAUCAAAGCCAUGUGAUGACCAAAAUCAGAGGAACAAGGGGUUACCUAGCACCGGAAUGGUUGUCAUCAACAAUCACUGAGAAGGCUGAUAUCUACAGCUUUGGCGUAGUUGUGCUGGAAAUAGUGAGUGGAAGGAAAAACCUGGAAAACAAUCAGCCUGAGGGUAGCCCUAAUCUAAUUAAUAUACUGCAAGAGAAAAUGAAGGUUGGGCAAAUUCUGGAUAUAGUAGACAAUCAGGAUGAAGAUCUCCAGUUACAUGGAUCAGAAAUGACAGAAGUAAUCAAGCUAGCUGUCUGGUGUUUGCAGCGUGACUGCAGUAAAAGACCAGCCAUGUCACAAGUUGUCAAGGUCUUGGAAGGUGUUAUGGACACAGAAAGUACUGCAGGUCACGAUGCAACUGGCAGAGAUGGUAUUUUUGAUGCUUCAUCCCCUUUGUCCCCAGUGCCAGUGGCUGCACGAUAA